GCUUGCAAUGACACUAGACCCGGCUUUCCUUGCUGCCUUUCAGCUCAAUGUAUUCUCACAGAGAAGAGCAUCGUAACUGGGGAGCCCUAUUACCCAAGAGAUGUCCCACUUUUCUUACUCCAGAGUUUGUACGAUCUGUUGCUUCUAACCAGGUCCCUGUCCCCAUUCAACCCAGUAGUGUCUGCUGAUCUAUAUACCACCACCAGUCUUGGACUUCAGUCGCUAAUGACCAUUGGGGAGUACGGCGGGGAGAUGAACAAUUCUCUAACUGCCACGGCCACUGCAACCCUCUUCCCACGUUUGAGACUCAGCUACUUUGUAACACAGUGUUUCCAGCAUGUGUAUCUUGCAACGUCCACCCUCAGGGAAGAUGGAGGACUGCUGGGAUCUGAAGUCAUUGAGUUGAGUUCCGACAUUACAACUGUGAGACACAGGAUCCAGUCUGGAGUGUGGAAUGGUCCGCUGCUUGGCUACCACCAGGGCCAGGGCUACACAAUACGCAGGGCUAUUGGGCACUGGUACGAGAAUAUUUCUGACACUGAAGAGGAAGUUGCGUUCCGUGAUGCGUGCUCGGGAGUACACUGCAGCCGGACCUGUCCAGAGCAGAUUCUACUGGAAUCCAACAGCCAGAAAGAUGCCUGGUCUGUGGGCGUUCGGAUAGGAGUUGCUGCUGCAGUUCUUCUCAUUGCAGUCAGUAGCCUUGUGAUGAAGAUGUACUGCUGUCUAUGGUGGAGGUGUCUUCGUUGGAGGCAGAGGCACUUUCUGAGAAACAUCAAACACCAGAUGGACGAAGAGAAGCGGUACAGUGACUCGGUCUCUGUGACCACAGUAAAGAUUGAGUUUCCCAACUGCACUGACGAGAAUGCAAUAUCAGUGGCGUGCCUCGACCUGCACUACUACGUCAAUGUCCACUCGAGAUUCAAAGAGAAAGAGGAGAAAUACACUCACUCGCCAAUAACCCUCAACGACCUCAAACCAGAGAGCGAGCUGACUGCUGCAAGUCCAACAAAAUCCCUCGAUAUUGAAGUUUCCACGCAACGUGUACACAAAACCAGAGGCAAAUUGGGAACCGUAUUUGGAGUACGAAGAAAGAAGAUACUCAAAGGAAUAUCAGCUUACUUUAACCCAAAGGAACUAAUAGCGAUUAUGGGUCCUUCGGGAUGUGGAAAGACAACGUUCCUUGAUCUACUCACAGGACGCCGCAAAACAGGCUCAUUCUCCGGUGACAUUUUCAUCAAUGGAUUACCGAUUGAAAAGAAUCGUAACUGGUAUAUCAGCAACACGGGGUAUGUGCUACAGCUUGCAGCUCCUUACUAUGAGGAGCUGACGGUGAGAGAGAACCUGACUCUAGCAGCAUGGGUCAAGCUCCACAUCAGCAGCAGAGAGAAGUUCCAGAGAGUGGAGCAAGUCAUGGAAGUGACUGGUUUGAUGGAUCUAGCUGACACUGUUGUAGGAGGAGCUACAGGACCAGGACUGAGUGGCGGGCAGAAACGAAGACUUGUUGUAGCUCUGCAACUGCUGAAGCUACCCAGUGUCAUCUUCCUUGACGAACCCACCUCAGGAUUGGACUCAGCCUCUUCCGCUGAACUACUGACUCAUCUGAAUGCUCUGGCAGCCUCCAAUAGAACUGUAGUGCUCACCAUCCACCAGCCAAGACUGGAGAUAUUCCACAUGUUCCACAGAAUUGUUGUCCUCACAGAUGGAAAGGUGGCUUACCAUGGAGUCCCUGAAAAGGCGUAUGAGGUGUUUGUCAACUCUCUCCAGUCGAGCUACCUCAAACAGAACCUUGUCAUUCCGGACCUUGAGGACCACAACCCAGCAGAUGUCAUAAUGGACAUACUCGGUAACAAGGGCAUGAGAAAGAUGGUCAAUGAUUACUACGAGGACACGGGUGAGCAGAAGCUGGUGAGCAAGGCAAUUGCAAAGGCGUGGGUGAGGGAAAGAGGGUUCAGCGGUGACUCUAUUGACUUUGAUGGGGUGAAGGCAGGAACUGGAAAACCUAAUACACUGAGGUUGAUGUUGAGAGGGUCUCGACACACCGGUCGUACCCACAACAGUACUGUCCCCCGACUGGCUGCCCUGGAAGCAAGGGCCAUGACCAGAGCUUCCAUCUCUGCCAUCCUCUACCUACCCAUCAUCUUCUUCGGUUAUGGACUUCUCCUUGGUACAGUAUACUACCAGACCACAACACCGAUCCUGAUAGUCUCAGGAUUCUGUGUCUACUCUGUGGCCAGUGCACUCUUCAUGUUCCCGGCCAUCUACAGCUACCUGUCCCGUGCCCUCACCAUCUACUCUUUUGAGAGAGCAGAUGGAGCAGGUCGUGCAGCGGACCUCAUCAUCCAGAGCUUCGUGCGCUUCACGUCCAUGGCCUUCUUCCCCGUCAUUGUCUGUGCCGGCAUUCUCUACAUGCUGUUGAUUGACGUCCUCCAGUGGGACCUGAUGGAAUUUCUGCAAGUGGCUCUGGUGAACAUUGCCCUCAACCAGGUCUGGACCGCCCUGCUCAUCUGGCUCAUCGUGACCUUCCCUCGCAAGUCCUUUCGUCUCUCUCCGGUCCUCUCGGCCGUGGCUGGCUUCACUAGUGGUUUCUUUAUCCCUAUCAGUCACAUUCCCUCGUGUUACCGCUGGCUGACUUUCAUCAACCCCAACUACUAUGGGUUUUCAGCCUCAGCAGUCAUACUGCUCUCUGACUUUGAGAGUGACUGUGAGAGAGAUGGUGGCUCAGAACUAGAGUGCUACACCACUUCAGGGAAAUACAUUUUGGACUCUUUUGACUUCGCAGACAUAAACCCUUAUGCAAAUAUUGUGAUGCUGGUGAGCAUGACCGUGUUCUGUCUCCUGGCGGCGGUGGCAAGCAACUGGCUCAGAUUCAGCGACAGCAAAGUCCUCUCCAAUAUCAAAAUCGUGUUGGGACAAACGCUACAGAAUUCAGAUCAGACAGAUUUCCCCGAAUUUUACCGCUCGCUGGACAGCGACGAUGAAAACUCAGAUGAUGAAGAGGCAACUGAAAAUGGCCAUUGCGUGGAUACAAAACCAGAAGAAGAGCCAACUCACGAUACGCAACCACUGAGACAUGCUGUUGCCAAUGUGUACGAGCUCCCCCAGCACCUGACUGGGAACGGAGAAGUGACUUCGUCGGGGACGCAGCUACGCUCCGAGAGCAAGAGAAAGAGCAUAAAGGCAAAGAGGGACCAUCGCCGGGCCCUCUACCUGGACGAGGGGCAGGCACACACCGUCUGGAAGCCAAAGCGGUUUGCAAGGAAGGUCCACGUGGCGGUCGGGAUGAGCACUGCGAUGUUAGAAAUGGAGAAACACAGACAGGAUUUGCAUGAGCGGCAGCAGAAGCUUCUGAGCCGGGUCCAGGCCACUCGAGAGGUGCUGAAGGUGCAGAGAGAGGAGUUGGCGAACCUGGAGGAGGACGUGGCAGAUGUGGAGGACUGGGGGAUUGGCGGACCAGGUGGUGGGAGGAGGGGCGACAAGAGACGGUGGAGGAGCGUCAUCACACGUGUGAACGACGAUGUGCAGCAGAGAGAGAGACACAACAGGAAGAAGCGCUCAAUGUACUUCCACGACACCGUCUCGCAGUACGUGGCCGCCAUGACAAAGUACUCACCGCAGGGCGAAACGGGAGCGCUGCCGACACGCGACGCGCAUAAAAAGCGAGCGCCUUCUUCCCAUUCGCUGAAAGUAACGCCACUACGUACGGGGGUUGUCCCUCUUCGUCAGUGGACAAGUCUGUUGUUUGAAGACCAUCACAGGAUCACAGAGAAAACCGUUGAACAAAACCACGAGAACUACACCUACGAAGAGCGCCGACUGACUACAAACUGUAACGGAGCUUCCAGUGAUCUCAACGUGAACCGUCCCACAUCUUCAGAAGGGGACCUGCCUGGAGAGAAAAAGGAACCCCUCUCCAAACAGUUGUCCCUGGGACCUGACAUACCGUGAUCCACGUUAUAACAGGCAGAGAAGAUCUUACUGUGGUUGUAGAGUGUAUUUUGAAUUUCCACCCAUUUUUUUUUAUUGAGAGUGUAUAAAACCUAUUAUGUAUAGACUAUAGACUGAAGAAUUUCAAAUGUUGCAUAACUGCACUUUAUUAUACAAAAUUUG